AUGAGAGAGAUUGAGAAGCUGGAGAGCGACUCGAGCUCCAACAAUUCAAACCAUGUCUCUGACACCAAAGCUUUCCCUUUGGCUACUGUCGACGAGCCAGUCGUUUUCGACGUAGCAGGCAAGACUCAAGAGUCUGCAUUCGAUACUGAAUCAUUUGAGAAUUUCUACAAGCCUAUUGAAAGCUAUGAAGGGUAUCACAGGUGGGACCCCAGUUUCCAGUGGGAAGCAAAGGAGGAGAAGAAGCUUGUCAGAAAGAUUGACUUGCGUAUUUGCUCAUGGGUCUGCUUCAUGUUCUUUGCGCUGCAACUGGAUAGAGGCAACAUCUCACAAGCCCUUUCAGACAACAUGCUCACGGAUAUCGGAGUUUCCACCAAUGACUACAAUACCGGACAGACCAUCUUUUACCUCUGCUUUCUCUUCGCAGAAUUGCCCAGUCAGAUGAUCGGCAAGAAGGUUGGCCCGGACAACUGGGUCCCCAUCCAAAUGGUCUUGUGGUCUUUGGUUGCUGCUUGUCAAGCAUUCAUCCAUAAUCGUUCCGGCUUCUGGGCCUGUCGUGCACUACUGGGACUCAUUGAAGGUGGUUUUAUCCCUGAUAAUAUCCUUUACCUUUCCUACUGGUAUAAGACACGCGAGCUUCCCAUCCGCCUGUGCUACUUUUGGUUCUCCUACCAGUUCACUAGUAUCGUGUCAGCCUUCCUUGCUUUUGGCUUCCUACACAUGCGCGGUAUCAACGGCAUCGCUGGCUGGCGCUGGCUCUUUGCUCUCGAAGGCUGUCUGACUGGCCUUAUCGGAAUCGUAUCUUGGUUCUACAUUCCACCUUCCCCCACCCAGACCGCGUCCAGAUUUCGCGGCAAGGACGGCUGGUUCAAUGAAAGAGAAGAAAAAAUCAUGGUCAACAGAGUGUUGAGAGAUGACCCUAGCAAAGGAGACAUGCAUAACAGACAAGCUCUCUCUCCCAGCAUGUUCUGGAAGUGCCUCAAGGACUACCACAUGUGGCCUAUCUACCUGCUCGGGCUAACUUGGAUGGUACCUGCAUCACCAAUGAACAACUAUCUCACGCUCAAUCUCAAGAGUGCUGGCUUCUCGACAUUCCAAACCAAUCUACUCUGUAUCCCGGCUUAUUGCAUCUUCAUCAUCAACUUGCUUUGGCUGUCAUAUCUCUCCGAAAAGGUCAAUGACCGCUUCCUUAUCGGCACAAUCUCCCAGUGGUUUGUGUUACCUUGCCUCGUAGCUUUGGAGGUUUUGCCAAAGAGCAGAAGUCACUGGGCUACCUGGAUUCUCAGUUGUCUGGUUUACGCCCAGCCAUACAUUCAUCCCGUUAUCGUUGCAGUCACGUCCAGAAAUGGCGGCAGUGUGCGCACUCGAGCUGUAGCUACGGCAUUGUACAACAUGUUUGUCCAAGCAUCAAACAUUUAUUCGUCGAAUAUUUAUCGUAGUCAGGACAAACCCUAUUACUUUACCGGCAAUAAGAUUCUCAUCGCCAUUGUCUGCUGGAAUAUCUGUGCAUUCAUUGGAUGCAAGGUCUUUUACGUUACGGUCAACAGGCGCCGCGACAAGAAGUGGAAUGCAAUGACCAAGGAGCAAAAAGAACACUACCUUUCCACUACGACCGACGAGGGUAACAAGCGCCUGGACUUUAGGUUUGCGCACUAA